AUGGAGCCUAGCUUAAAACUAUGCUCUCAUGAAGGCAAAGACUUGGAGGAAGAGACAAUGUAUUGUCAACUUGUCGGUAGUCUUAUCUACUUAACAUUGACUAGACCAGAUAUUUCCUUCAGAGUUGGAGUAGUUAGUAGAUUUAUGCAGAAACCAAAGAAGCCUCACUUGGAAGCACUCAAGAGGAUGUUAAGGUACAUGAAAGGAACUAUUGACUAUGAACUAUUCUAUAUGAAAGGAGAUCCUUUCAAGAUAAACGAAUAUUGUGAUGCAGAUUAUGCUAGUGAACAUGAUACUCGAAGAUCAACCACUGGAUAUGUUUUCAAUCUUGGAUCAACUGCAAUAUCAUGUUGCAACAAAAGUCAACCAAUUGUUUCACUUUCUACGAUGGAAGCAGAAUAUCAAGCAGGAAAAAUGGCAGCGCAAGAGAGCACAUAG